AUGGCACAGCGGGGAGCAUCUAUUCCAAGACCAACCCGUGGACAAAGCCCAACAAUUGCUGAUGUCCCUACUGCAGAGGCAGAGAAGUGGGUCUCGCAGUGGACACAUGUAUUGGCUAAGGAUUUGAUCGAUGUGCGCGUAGUUGAAGUAGACGCAGACAUGUCCGUCGAGGACGCAUGCGAUCUCCUUCUGCAAGAAGACAUCCCGUGUCUCGCUGUCCGCACACUUCCGGAUUCGACUCGUACAGGUCCACCUUAUCUUGGACUUUUUGAUUUUUCAGAUGUGAACGCAUUCCUCACGCUCGCUGCGACGCGGCACACCAUCUCACUCGCAGAGCUUCGUGCUAACUCGCGCGCCGAUCAGAUUAUGAGUGCUGCACGAGAAGGACGUGUACCUGUGCACCUUGUUAGCAACCUCUCAGAAAAGAAUUACCUAGAGACCCUUCCGAACAAUGCCAACCUUAUUUCGCUGCUUGGAGUGUUUGCGAAGGGGACGCAUAGGGUGCAACCUUCCAUCCAAAUUUCCCAGCCUUCCCAGUCUCCCAAGCCUGUAUCAGCCUUAACAGCUUCCCGCCCCACUGCUCCGCUCCAACCCCAACCACAGCCCCCUUCCACUCUCACAUUUGCAAGGCUCCUCUCGUGCCCCCUAUACUUACUUGCUCUCCCGUCCCUUCAAAUGUAUACGUCUGUCAUAGCUGCUACCAGCUCAUCUACAGUGCUUGACGCGAUGCGCCUGAUGAGCGACGGUGGUGUGAGUAGCGUAGCUGUUGUCGAUGAUGGCGGGGGAGGAUACGGAGCUGGAUACGGGUCCUGGGGUGGGCUGACUGGAGCAGUGAGUGUUACUGAUAUCGGAAAGCUCGUCGUUCCUUCGGAGUCCAACCACAUUCUCUCCGCGCCUUUACACCAGUUCGUCGCACAGAUCAAGGAGUCAGGUGGAAGCACGGAUGGAGCAGACCGGUAUCCUGUGUAUGUCGUCCUCCCCACCAGCACACUCUCAUAUACAAUUCAGAAACUGCUUGCAACCAAUUCGCACCGACUCUUCGUAAUUGACCCGGAUUUUGAGCCCAGCUCAUCUCCAGGCUCGCUCACGGGCGGCGGAUUGUGCGGAAUUGUUAGCGUUGUUGACCUUCUUUCUUUUUUCGCACGUAUCGCCAACCUUCCAAAUGUUGACCCCACGCAACGCAUGCGGCACCGACGUGCCUCAUCUUCAUCUUCAUCUUCACACUCGUCUCGCGGAAUGAUUGUGCGGGACUUGUCACGGUCGCUCGCACAAGCACGGGAUCUCUCCCAAUCCAGCAGAGAUUUUGCGCGCUCAAGAUCCGGUAGCAGGACGAGCAUAGGUCUCAGCCAAAGCCCGCGAGUCAUCCCAACUUUAGAUGUUGGCAGUCCGCGCUCCAUGCCAAGUUUGGGGCUAGGGGAUGUCAGGGAAAGUCCGCGGAUGAUGCCGACGCUUGGUGCUGGUGACAGAAACUCGUGGGUGGGUUUAGAUUUUGGGGAGCUCGUGGGACCGUGGGAGUAA